AAGGUGGAGAGACGCAAACUCCACUGUCACCACCACCACCACCACCACCACCACUACCAGCACUUCAGCAGGCGAAGGAAGUCCCUCGUAUUCCCUCGUAUUCCCGAAAGGAUCUUAAAGGAACUGAAGGAUUUUUGAAGGAUACCAAAGAUUUCAAGAUGGGUGUUAGUGUUGGAAGGGGCGUGGUUAUAGUGUUGUUACUGGUUCUGCUGAAGGAGGGAGGUACCACGCCCUCAGAACACGCCCAAGCCAGCCCAAAUACCGCCCAUUCCCGCCACUCACGCCAGCUUCACCGCAUCCUCGAUCCAUUUGGUUUGCUGGGAAAGGCAGGGGAGGCAGUGAGCGGCGCCGUGGAAGAUCUCGGGCAGCGUAUUGACGAAGGGGCUCAGCACAUGGGGAAGCUGAUGCAGAAGGGCGCUUCCUCCAUCAACUCCGCUUUCAAUAGUCACGUAAACCAGGUGAGAGGAGGGCUGGAGGAGGCGGGGAAGGUGGCGGGGAUGAUAGGGGAGGACCUGGUGGAGUCUGUGUCGUCCCUGGUAUCGAAUCGCCUGCAGGAGGAUGAGAGAGGCGAGGAGGCGAUGAGGAAGAGGGAAGGAAUGGUCGACGGUUUCCUGAGACUUGUUGGCAUUGAUUCGUCACAAGUUGGUCUGAUGGCUCUCAAUGUCCUGAUCUUCCUGGCUGAGUUGAUUACUUCGACACUCAUUGGGGAGAAUAUCAACGAAAUUCCAGUCAGAGAUUCAAAAACUUCUGUUCUUUCUUGGUUCAUGCGAAGCGAUCCAACGAAGAUGGAAGCAAUGCUGAGAGAGGCACAAGAUCCGGGACUUCCCAGAGCAAUCAUACAGAAGCUGCAAAGAGCCACGGGUGACAAUACCGCGUGCGUGCAGUUGCUGGUGUGCAAGUUGUCUCCUGUAGUGUGGGGCCUUCAGCAAUCCGUGGCAGUGUCUCAAGCAAGGAGCAGAGACCCGGACACUCCUCCUAUGGGUCUCAUGCAGACCCUAUACGCAGCCCUGCCUCCCCUCAACACCUUCGUCACCUUCUCUGAGUCCUGCGAGCAUCAGUUCCCCAAGUGUCCUCUCAUCGACCUCUCCCAUCUCGGCCUCGGUCUCUGAAACUCCAAAACUGAUUCUGAAACACCUGCGCCGAACCUCCACUACUUUCCAAGGCUCUAGUUGAAAUGGCACGUGUUUUCAUGUGUGUUUAUAUAGUAAUAGUAGGAAAAUGACGAGAUUUAUACGUUUUUAAUAGGAAAAAUACUCUUGAGAGCCCGAUUUAUUCUACUUGUAUGUUGUAUCUCACUUCUUUCCAAGGCUCUAGUUGAAGUGGCACGGGUUUUAUGUGUUUGUAUAUUAAUAAUAGGGAAAUGACGAGAUUUCUAUGUUAUUGACAGGAGAAAUACUCUUAAGAACACGGCUUAUUUUGAAACAUACGUCUUAUCAGUAUUUUCCAAGGUUUAGUUGAAGUGGCACAGGUUUUAAGGGCGUUUUUUGUUUUUACUCAGAAAUUAACGAGAUUUCUAUGCUUUUUAUUAACAGAAAUGCUCUUGAGAACCAAAAUAAUUUUCAAAACUUGCACGUUCUAUUUCCACUACUUUCCAAAGCUCUCGUAGAAGUGGUGUGUGUCUUUAAGGUUGUUUCUAUAGUACUAGUGGGAAAUUAACGAGAUUUUUACGUUAUCAAUAGAAGAAAUACUCUUGAGAACGCGGCGAGUCAUCUCAGUGGCCUUGGAAAUUGUGUUGCGAUGAGAGAGCAGUGUUUCAGAAUGCGUGUCAAUAUCGCAAAGCCUCCCGCACCUUCAGGAGAUUCUGCUUCCCGUGUGAUUCUUGGGCAUUGUGGGAACUUUUUGUCGGAACUUUUCUGGGAGCUGGUUAGGGUUGGGGUAAGUUAGCGGUACUUGAGGUUAGGAUGUUUUAAGUGUUUUUUGUACUGAUGUUAUUGUUUAUUUUGUGUGGUGCUUGUAAUUUAUUUUGUGUGCUUGUAAUGUCACGAAACCACGACCUCAAUGAUAAAGUUUCUGAUAAAGAUCGAAUGCUGACUUGGUGUUUUAUCGAUGUAACUUUUGUUUUUCUAAGGUUUACAAUCCGAUGUUAUAGUUUUCUGUUUGUUGUUCCUAAUAGUAGUUAACCACGGCCUCAUUAUGUAACAAGACAGACUGCAAGAAGGUAUUAGCCCUACACGUGGCAAGCUCUUAACUCCUUUAAUACUGCGACACAUUUUUAGCCUGAGAUUUGUGUACGAUUAGACCAAUUUAUUUACAUUAGGAAGGGUCUAUGGAGGUCAGAAGAUUAAUGGCCACAGUCUUCACUAUUUCAAUCCGCCACAUGA